AGGUAGUGAAAGCAUCAUCACGGGGGUUCGCUGUGGCUGGAAAGGCGACUUCUUGCGGACAGCCUACUUCUACGUGUAGGCGCAGAGGUCGCAGACAAGAAACCCACCUCUUCAUUCUUCAACAGUCCCUAUGUAGCUCCACUCGACUCUGUCAAAGCUGCUUGAUUAGAGGAAAGGAGAUUAUGACUGAAAACACCUGGGUGCGGCACAGUUUGGAUGAGGUUUCGCCCUGCCGGAGGUCGUACGCAUUUUUGCCUUUUGUAUUUCCUUGCUGAAUGUCGUGGACAUUUUGGAUUUUUUAAUGCCCUGUGUCAUUAAUCUUAGCAACUGAGGACCACUUUUUGGGUGUCCCUGGCUUCGGUUAGUUUGUCUGAAUAACAUUUGGAAGGUAAAGACUUUGAAGUGUGAAAGCAACCGAGGACGACACCGUUAAACAACUUGAGGAAGGCUUGCCGAGGAUGUGCGUACUGGGCCAGCUUCGAGUUGCUUUCUAAGUGGGCAACAUUAGCUUAGCUGCUAACACUAGCAAACCCCUGUUGAAACUACCAAGCGACAUCUGUGAAGCGAGCUAAUGCUCGCUUCCUGAAAUAUUUUUUGGACAGUGGGACCCUGCUCGCUACCUGAACACCAUUAAAUGAGACGGUGACUCGACUGUAAUUUAGUGCCUGAGGAUGUCCAAGCGGAGCUUGUUUGUUCGUCUGGUGCCGUGCCGCUGCUUGCGGGGUGAGGAGGAGGCGGUAACAUCACUGGACUACUCCCACUGCAGCCUGGAGACUGUUCCUAAGGAGAUCUUUAGCUUUGAGAAGACCCUGCAGGAGCUCUACCUCGAUGCCAACCAGAUCGAGGAGCUGCCUAAACAACUGUUUAACUGCCAGCUACUCCACCGACUGAGCAUGCCAGAUAAUGACCUGUCGGUGUUGCCGGCAGCGAUUGCGAACCUCAUCAAUCUCAGGGAGCUUGACGUCAGCAAAAACAGCAUCCAGGAGUUUCCAGAGAACAUCAAAAAUUGCAAAGUCCUAGCUAUUGUAGAAGCCAGUGUGAAUCCCAUAUCCAAGCUCCCUGAAGGCUUCACCCAGCUUCUGAGUCUGACGCAGCUCUACCUGAAUGAUGCCUUCCUCGAGUUCUUACCAGCCAGCUUUGGCAGGUUGACUAAACUACAGAUCUUGGAGCUGAGGGAGAACCAGUUAAAGAUGUUGCCAAAAAGCAUGCAGAAGCUCACACAGCUGGAGAGGCUGGACCUGGGGAGUAAUGAGUUCACUGAAGUGCCUGAGGUGUUGGAGCAGCUGAGUGGAAUUAAGGAGCUGUGGAUGGACGGGAACAGACUGACGUUUUUACCUGGGAUGCUGGGGAUGCUGAAACAGCUGGUGUACCUGGAUGUAUCCAAGAACAACAUCGAGAUGGUUGAUGAGCAAAUCUGCGGCUGUGAGAGUCUCCAGGACCUCCUGCUUUCCAACAAUGCCCUCACACAGCUGCCAGGCUCCAUUGGUUCACUGAAGAAACUGACUGCACUGAAAGUGGAUGAGAACCAGCUGAUGUACUUGCCAGACUCCAUUGGAGGGCUGACAGCUCUAGACGAGCUGGACUGCAGUUUCAACGAGAUUGAAGCCUUGCCGUCUUCCAUUGGUCAGUGUGUCAACAUCCGCACUUUUGCUGCAGAUCACAACUUUCUUGUGCAGCUUCCCACUGAGAUGGGCAGCUUGAAGAAUGCAACUGUGCUGUUCUUACAUUCCAACAAGCUGGAGUCGUUGCCUGAGGAGAUGGGUGACAUGCAGAAGCUCAAGGUCAUCAAUCUGAGCAACAACAAGUUAAAGAAUCUUCCCUAUAGUUUCACUAAGCUGAACGAGAUGACUGCAAUGUGGCUCUCUGAAAACCAGUCGAAGCCCCUGAUCCCUCUCCAGAAAGAGGAGGAUCCAGAGACACACAAAACCGUGCUGACCAACUACAUGUUCCCCCAGCAAACCAGAACUGAGGACUACAUCCCCAACUCUGACUCUGAGAGCUUUAAUCCAGCUCUCUGGGAGGAACAACGCAAGCACCGAGCUCAGGUGGCCUUUGAGUGCGAUGAAGACAAGGAUGAGAGAGAAACGCCUCCAAGGGAGGGAAACCUGAAGCGCUACCCUACACCAUACCCAGAUGAGCUGAAGAACAUGGUGAAGACAGCCCAGUCGGUGGCUCACAGGCUGAAGGAGGAAGAGUCGAGUGACGAGUCGGGGAAAGAUGCAAAACCAAUUGAGAGGAACCACAUUGGCGUACAGGAUGUGGGAGUUAAGGUGAUAGAGGCCCAGUGUCCUAACGGUGUGGUGCCAGAUGUGGAGCCCCAUGUAUCUACCAACCCACAAGCCCAAAACCCAUCUGUACCGGAAUCAAGAGACACCUCAGAGUCUUUCAGCUCUCAGAAAGUCCCGCUCAAAUCUUCAGGGACCUCUACGAUGAACCACGAGGACACACUUGAGGAUUCUGAAGAGCUGUCUGAUGAAGAAGAGAUGAAAAUUGCCGAGAUGAGACCUCCUCUUAUUGAGAUCUCCAUCAACCAGCCUAAAGUAGUGACUUUAAGUAAAGACAAAAAAGAUGACGCAGACUCUUUGCUGGACGAGACGGUGGCCAACAGCAACCAGAACAACAGUAACUGUUCGUCUCCAUCACGCAUGUCUGACUCAGUGUCUCUGACCACGGACAGCAGUCAGGACAACUCUCUGUGCACCCCUGAGAGAGAGGCGAAGAUGCCCUUCCUACCCAAAAGCCGGCAAGAAGAUGAAAAUAUGAACCAGUCUAAAGACACCACCCCACUCCUUCAUAAUGGCAAUGGCUCCGAAACGUCCCUUCAGGCCUUUUUGAAAACCCAGCAGAUCCCGUCGGAGAAAAUGGGUGACUAUGACCUGUCUAUGGAGGCCAGGCUGGCCUUCAUUGAGAAGGGAAUUAACAACGGCAUGGGAGAAACCUACACCAAGUGGGACCAGAUUAAUAUGAAUGUGUCCAAGUUGCCAACAGACAACAUGGUUCAGCUGGACGAGGUGGACAAAACCAAGAAUGGUUCUGUAACCCAGGACUUGGACAGAAAGCAGGAUUUUAGCAAUGACAACAUGGAGCAUUUUCUGAAUGGAAAUCAGCAGGUCAGUGACUGCAUCAAUAGUCUGGGGAACAAAAGCCAAGCAGUGAGAGUCGAGACAUCUGCUGUGCAUGUGGCCUCGACAGGCGUGACAGCCAGCAGUGACAUGUCUCUGUCUCGCAGCACAGAGGAACUGUCUCCAGAGAAAAGGGGACAUCCCCCACAGGUGAUGAAAUCUCACAGUGUCAGCAACAUAGAAACAGGAGGCAUGAAGCUGUACUCCUUUGAUGGGGAUGGGGACUCCUAUGACUCAGCCAUAAUGACGAGGAUGGCAGGAGCAGGCCCAGGGCCUGGAGCACAGGGCCAGAGCAUAGUCAGGAGCAAAUCAGCAAGUCAGUUACUCAACGACCAGACUCUCCAGGUCUACCCCAGCUCCUCUGCAUCUUCCUCAGACCUGCUCUCCUCCUCCAAGCCUCCUGCCAGCACCAGCAGAUAUCCAACCUCCUCCAGCAUGGCCAUGGGCAUCGCUCCUCCUCAGUACAACAUACAGUACACAAGCAGUGCCAUGCCUAAAGAGGGCCUGUGGGCCCAGAGGACGCCCAUGGCCCCAGAGCACCAAGGCUACCUCCCUCCUCCUCCACAUUCACUAGCCAACACCAACUACUCCAACCGUAAUCAGGCACCUCCCUACCCUUUGCAACCCCAGCAGAGGGGGCCAUCCAUGGGUCCCAAAGCCUCUGGGGACAUGUGGUCUAUGGAGAGACUUCAUUCUGCUGGAGGUCAGUCCAGAAGCAGCACUCUGCAGAGGCAAAGCAGCACUGCCUCCACAGUCUCCAUGGGUGAUCCGAGGCGCAUGCAGGUGCCUGAUGGGGAAUACAUGACAUAUAGGGACAUUCACACCCUCGCCAGGGGGCCGCUGGCAAUGAGCCACGCCAUGCAGAGGCCCCUGUCGGCUCGCACUUAUAGCAUCGACGUACCCGGAGCUUCCAGGCCUCAUAGCGCCAGGCCGCAGCCGCACGAGCUUCCAGAGAGGACCAUGUCUGUCAGCGAUUUCAACUACCAGCACGGCAGCCCCAGCAAGAGGCCCAAUACCAGAGUGAAGUCUGAGCACUCGCUGCUGGAUGGGCCUGGACAGGUGUCCGGGGGAGCAGGAAGGGUCCCAGCUGACUGGAGAGACCAGGUGAUGCGGCACAUCGAGGCCAAGAAAAUGGAAAAGAAUGCCCUCUCUCGCUCCUAUAAUUCCAAUAUUGCUCCGCUGAGCUGGUCUCACUACGGCAGCUGUAGGGAUAUGCAUGCCAGCCAAGGGUCCCUGGUCUUUAGUGCCAGGGACGGACAGCCCUACGGAGCUCUGGGCUUCUGUGAUGAUGUGUUGGGUCCUCAAGGGCAACAAAGCUACACCCUGGACCCCCACAGAAAAGUGCCUUUGAUGAAUGGUCAGAUGGGCCCUUCUGUUCGUCCUCAGGUGAGCCAGUCGUCCAUGGCCCGCCACCCUUCCAGAGAGCAGCUCAUCGAUUACCUGAUGCUCAAAGUCUCCCAUCAGCCACCGGGGCCCCCACGCGUCCCACACGACUCGCUGCAGCAAGAGAUCCGUGUGAAAGUGGAGAAGAAUCCAGAGCUCGGUUUCAGUAUAUCAGGAGGUGUUGGAGGCCGGGGAAAUCCUUUUCACCCAGAUGACAAUGGUAUAUUUGUGACAAGGGUUCAGCCUGAGGGGCCGGCAUCCAAGGUUCUUCAGCCUGGAGAUAAAAUUAUCCAGGCAAAUGGCUACAGCUUUGUGAAUAUUGAUCAUGGGAAUGCAGUGUCCCUCCUGAAGACAUUUCCAAACACUGUGGAUUUGACUAUCAUCAGAGAGGUGCAAGCAUAGACUCAACUGACCUCUAAAGGGCAGUCGGGGUGGGGGGGACGACACAAGAAGAGAGACGGACGUAUAACUUUAUGUUGACUCUCAUAUUUUUAUACACAGAGGAGACUGAUUUGUUGAUACCUGACGGGACUAUUUAUAGUAGACAUCUUCAUAGCCUUGAUUAAACGGGGAAAACCACUGAAUGUAGUGGAUCAAAGCGAGACUGCAGCAAACCUCUGCGAGUACGAGUCCUCAAAAGGCCAUCACUGUGGUAUAUAUAUUUUUAUACAAAAGAAGCUGAAGAUACAACCUGCUCUGAAGCAAAUAAUUACUGUGGUCUCUGUACAGAUCAUCUUUUUUUGUUUUUGUUUUUUUCUCAUAAAUCCUUUUAUCAUAAAUUAGGUUUUACUUCUGCGGAUUGACACGAAUUGGCCACUGGGGGGCAGGGCUCCCUCUCUUCUGUCAUCCAGUUUGCCUUUUCUUUUUUUUUUAACCUUUCUAUUCAAGAUGUUGAAACCACUUUCUGGUCUGCCGUGGGAUCUUUUAUGGAGGACAAUGUUAUGUGCUAUUCAUGUGGACACGAAUGUCGAUCGAGGAGGAGUUUGACUUCAUUUUUCGAAAAGAGAUUUUUUUUGUUUCUUUUACAAAAUCCAAGAGUGAGAGGAGGAAAUCAUCCACCCCUGCUUCCGUUAAACCUGUGAACAAACUCCAGCAUACAGACACAAUUCUGUCAUGAGACCUUCCUGCGUAUCCCCUCACAGCAGCUGCUUGGCAUAUCACCUAACCGGACCACUACCUGAGCUGUGCGGGAAACAUCCUUCACAAUGUAAAUGAGCCUCUCUGAUGUUUGAAGGAAUGCAGUCUGCAUGUGACCGUUUAAAGAGACUGGGAAACGGAAGGGAAAUUCAAAUAUUUGGGAAACAGGAGAAGAGAGAUGCAGUGUGUGUUUGCUCAGCCUUAAUCUGUUUUGCCUGUCAGAACUUUUGGUUUGAGGCAAACGUUUGACAUUUUGGGAAAUGCGUUGUUCACUUUGAGACGAGGUGCGACAGGAGAAGACUGAAGCUCUCGUGAAACGGAGAGGAAAGGAUGGCUAACGUGACUAAAUGUAAAUCCACCAACCAGCACCUCUAAAGCUCAUGAAUUAAUUUCAUGUUUAUGUGCCAAACUAUUUUUUUGUCGGGGCUGACUCAGUCAAUGACAAACUCUUAGCUAAGACAGCAGACUGUCAGUUUUAAACCUCUGUUUUUUGUACUUAUUACACAAAAUGAAACAUAACUUGUUCAUUGCUAAAAUUCCGAUGUGCCGGAAGGAAAAUGAUGUUACGGAUCUGCAACCGAUACCACUUUACAGCGGACAUGACAUUAAGGAGGAGUAUUGUUUUAAAAGAAAAUGCUUAGUGGUAGAUAUCGGCCUUCUCUGGUAAGCGGAUUUCCCAAAAUGUCCAAACUGUCCUUUUUAAGUAGAGAAAACAAGGCGGUUAUGCUAGUUAACCAAAGCAAGUUCAGAAAUUGUGGACAGAAGGCAAACGCAGGAGACAACUCGGAAAGAUGAUUGAACUAGAAAGAACAUGUCAGCGUUUCACUCGUGUUUUAUUUUUUUUAAGGGCUUCAUCUAUCAGGCAGCCGUCGGUGACUUGAGUCUUUGUUUUGUAGGGGUUUCAACAUCUAUCACUUUUUUCUUUUUCUGUUUUUUUUACAUGGGAGAAGACCACCGUUUGCCUUUUGGGUCUGUACGUGUGAUUAUCAUGCUUUUUACUCUUUAUCACUUUGGAGCAGUUUCCUCGAUCUGUUUGCUGUACAGAGUUGGGAGAAUCAAAUUGUCAAGUGCCAUAGACCUUGAACUGUUUGAACAGGGGAGGACCUUUGACCCCAGAGCCCAAGCAAUAUAUUCACAUAUUCACAACAUUCUGAGAACAUUAGCAGCAUAAUGGCUUCAGAGCAAUAUGUAAAGCCUUUAUUUUCAUUCAGAGAAAAAAAACAACAACAUCAGAUAACAUUUUUAAAACAACCUUUUAGUAAUCCCUGAUGAUUUUACAUGAUUUUUAUAUUGUGAAAAGAAUUUUUUCUUUUUUUUUUCUUUUUUUUUUUAAUGAAAUAGCACCGGAAAUAUAUAUAAUAGUGCUUAAGAAAGAAGGAAACAUUUCUCUGAAUUGUGUAAAAGUGAAUGUUUGUGUCACUUUGCCCAAGGCUUUUUACUGUUAGUCGCUUAGAUUAUCUCAACUCCUGAUGUUCAUCUGGGCAAAAUAACCAACUUAAAGAGUUUGGGGGGGCAGAAAAUGGAUCCAGUCAAAGCUGCAUCUCAAAACAUUCCUGAUGUUUGUCAGAAGGAAAAGCGUGUCCACUUCAUGUCUCUCUCUUUUUAUAUUCAUUCACUUGUAAAUAACUAUUCAGUGAGACGUGUUUCCAGAAGAAAUGGAAAUGAUAGCAUUCGCAUCCUAAGAAAUGGCCCCCACGAAUAUAAAUUCUAACCACUGAAUUGUUUGUACAAUAUGUAAAAUCAUUUCAGCCUGCGGUGUUUCAACAGGUAGCGUUCCCUCAACUUGUUUACAGCAGAUUGUCAUCUCUGUAUUCUCCCUCUUACGUUUGACAUGUAUUUUCGUGCUUGUGGCACUGUCGAACCAAAACGAAAACGCUGGUGGUCAUCAGCAAAAUUAAUUGUCCCUUUAAUAAUAAUCACACUGUUUUAUAAAGGUAGCGCUUCUAAAUUAAGCCGUACCCUUGAUUUUUAAGCUGAAUCUAAAAUUUUAUUCACAGGAAAAUGAACAUGUAACGUGCAUUUCCCAAAAUGUCUCACAGAACAUGUAGUGUUUUACACAGAUGAAUUGUUUGUAUUAUUUUUAUUAAUUUUGUUGGUGAUUUUCUGUUUACUUUCUAAGCUUGGGAGGUGGGGUGGGGGGAGGCUUCUAGGGUGUAAUGGUCACUUUAUAUUCAUGGCAAAAAAUACAGUCUGACAUUAUAGACAAUCUUGGGACAUAAAACGCGUCACAUUUUCUUCAUCCACAUUGGUCUGUUUUUUGUUUUUUUAAUGCUCUCUUAUUUAUUUAGCAGUCUUCUGUGGUUUUUAGACCUUACUAAUCAAAUUGUAAAUACUUUAAAACAGUUGAGAAAAAAAAUUAAUAAUGGCAUUAGUGACUUGCGAUUGUAAAACCAGCAAUAAAUUGCAAUGCAGAGGCACCCGUUUUAAUGUAUAGCUAGUGUAUUUCUAAAGGUUUCUCUGGAAACAGCCACCAUGAGAUCAUGAUUGAUAUGCAUUUAUCCAACAUUCCAGAUUUUGUACAUAAUUACCUGUUUCUGAAGUAACCUGUGGAAAAUAAAACUAAUGCUCUUUAA